AUGUCACGCUGUUUGUUAUCCAUAAAUUCUGGUGAUGUGUGUCGGAUAAGAGCUCUUUAUACGAUAUCAUGUUGUUUCUCGAGCUCAAAAACAUUUGCUACAACUGGGAAAGCGUUUUCCAAACCUGGUCAGCCGAAUAUUGUCCUUGUUGAUGCGGUACGUACGCCAUUUCUACAAUCGAGGACAAUUUUCAAAAAUAUGAUGGCUGUGGAUUUGCAACGAGCUGCUCUUUCAGCAUUAGUUGAUCGAACGAAAGUGAAUGUGGACGAGGUGGGACAUAUUGUUUGUGGUACUGUGAUACAGGAACAUAAGACUAGUAAUGUGGCACGGGAAGCUGCGUUAACGGCUGGAUUUUCUAAAAAGGUACCAGCGCAUACGGUUACACUGGCUUGCAUUUCGUCAAAUGUCGCAAUAACUUAUGUUAUGAACAUGCUUGCAACAGGUUGUUGUAAUGCAGGUAUUGCUGGUGGUGUUGAAUUACUCUCUGAUGUCCCAAUCCGAUAUAAUCGGAAAGCACGCUCAGCAAUGCUUUCUCUGGAUAAAGCAAAGAAGCUUCCUGAUAAGUUGACAGCGAUAAAAAAUAUAGCAGUAAAUUUUUUCUCACCUGAAUUACCAACUGUUGCUGAAUUUACAACUGGUGAAACAAUGGGACAUAGCGGUGAUCGACUAGCAGCCGCAUUUGGCGUUUCUAGGCGUGAACAGGAUGAAUUUGCUCUUCGUUCACAUGUGCUUGCUGAUCGUGCCGUGAAAGAGAAUCUUCUCUCUGAUGUGGUACCAGUUUUUGUAUCUGGUAGCAAGCCGAUGAUUGUUCGAAAAGAUAAUGGUAUCCGUGUUUCAUCGAUGGAAAAAUUAUCAUAUUUGAAGCCAGCUUUCGUAAAACCUCAUGGAACAGUUACUCCUGGCAAUUCUUCAUUCCUCACAGAUGGCGCAUCCGCUUCGCUGAUAAUGACGGAAGAUUACGCUUUGAAGAAAGGUUAUAAGCCAAAAGCUUAUCUGAGAGAUUUCCAGUACGUAGCACAGGACCCAACCGAUCAACUUCUUCUCUCACCUGCCUAUGCAAUCCCAAAACUGAUGGAUAAGGUUGGCCUAACUUUAAAAGAUGUAGAUGUUUUCGAAAUUCAUGAAGCUUUUGCUGGACAAGUUCUAGCCAACUUGAAUGCCAUGGAUUCGGAUUAUUUUUGUAAGGAAAUGUUGAAAAGACCAGCAAAAUAUGGACGUAUACCGGAGGAGAAAUUGAAUACCUGGGGUGGUAGUCUAUCACUUGGACAUCCAUUUGGUGCAACAGGAGUACGAUUGGUAUCUCACGCAUCAAAUCGACUGCAACAUGAACAAAAACAUCUGGGAAUUGUAGCUGCAUGCGCUGCAGGUGGACACGGAAUCGCUAUGCUCAUUGAAAAUUAUUCAAAAUAG